AUGCUUGGAGGCCGUCCCCUCUGCGUGCUCUUCGGCUCCUCCAUCGUGCAGUACAGCUUCAGCAACGGCGGAUGGGGCGCCGCGCUUGCCGACAUCUACGCCCGCAAGGCUGAUAUAUUACUAAGAGGAUAUAUCGGCUGGAACACAAGGCGGGCUGUUCAAGUGAUGGACAAAGUGUUUCCUAAGGAUUCAGCAGUGCAGCCUUCUUUGGUAAUAGUUUACUUUGGUGGAAACGACUCCAUUGCUGCUCAUUCUUCUGGUCUCGGGCCUCAUGUGCCGCUAUAUGAGUACAUAGGGAACAUGAGAAAGAUUGCAGAACACCUAAAGGAGAUGAACCUGAAGGUGGUUGAUCUCUGGCAUGCCAUGCAGAAGAGGGAGGACUGGAUCACUGCAUGCUUCACGGAUGGGCUGCAUCUGUCUGAAGAGGGGAGCAACAUUGUGGUGGAAGAGAUCCUGAAGGUGUUGAAAGAGGCAGAGUGGGAACCAUGCCUGCACUGGAAGGCGAUGCCCACCGAGUUUGCUGAGGACUCCCCCUUCGAUCUUGUCUCCUCCAGCGGUGACACCACCGUGAACCCGUCCGAGUGGACAAUUCACAGGAAAUUACCAUGGGACUGA